AUGGCUCGAGGAACAAAAUGGAAAAAGGUUAUGAAGGAAAAGCCGUUGAGGCCUUUGAUGCAAGAAAAUGAUGAGGAAGAGAGCAGCAAUUGUGUGGAAGAGAGUAGCAAUCAUACUGCUCUCUUCUCCCUUUAUAUUAGCCAAACGUCUGUAGUGAAACGCAGACUGCUCUCUUCUGCUCUCUUCUCCCUUUAUAUUAGCCAAACGUCUGUAGUGAAACGCAGACUGCUCUCUUCUCCCUUUAUAUUAGCCAAACGCUGCCCCCGAAACGCAGACUGCUCUCUUCUGCUCUCUUCUCCCUUUAUAUUAGCCAAACGCAUUGAUACCUCAGCAGGAAGCAUGCAAUGGGCAAUAGCAAAGUUCAUUAACUAUCCUGAUGCAUUCAAGAAGGUUGGUGGAGUUGGACAUGGGGCUAAGUUGAUAUGCACUCUAGCCAGUAUUAAUGUUGGAUUAUGUUCUUUAUUCUUCUUAGGUGUUGAUGCGGCGAUUUUCACACUACCAAAUAGAUGGAGGAAAACUAUAUGGCCGGGGAUCACACCUGGAUCUGGAAAACCUCAACUAAUGGAUGGUGGGCUUGAAUUAAGACCAGGUCAAUCGGUAGAUAUCAAUGCCUCACAAGGGUGGUUAGGCCAUUUUUGGGGCCCCCGUAGCUGUUCAUUUGACAACUCAGGAAAGGGAAACUAUGUCAGAGGUGAUUGUGGUGGUGUGCUAAAAUGUGUUGGGGCAGGCGGUGCACCACUUGCAACACUUGCAGAGUUUACCCUCGAUAGCCCUGUAGAUUUUUAUGAUGUUAGCCUAGUUGAUGGAUACAACAUGCCAGUGUCAAUAUUCCCUUCCAGUGGGUCUGGUGAGUGCAAGGCAGUGACAUGUGUUUCAGACUUGAAUCACAGAUGCCCCAAGGACCUGCAAGUUCUAAGGAAUGGUACUGUUGUAGCUUGUAACAGUGCAUGCAUGGCAUUCAACAAACUUGAGUACUGUUGCUCUAGAGCCUACAGUACUCCUGAAACCUGCGAGCCAACAGAGUAUUCUAACAUGUUCAAGGCUUCUUGUCCUACAUCUUAUAGCUAUGCAUAUGACGACCCAACAAGCACUUUGACAUGCAAAGAAGCUAAUUACUUGAUCAGAUUUUGUUAAAAUUUAUUUCUAAGAAGCAAAAAACCCUCAUAUGUACAGAACAUUUGAACAUCAUAUAAGCACAAUCCAUUGAAGAUACGUUUAUACUGCAGGUAAGCAAUAUAUUUGGGCCUUAUAA